AUGGCCAGAAUUGCCACCAUCUACCAUCACUUACAUGCAAAGCUUCGACUCCGCAAGUGGUCGCCAACGGGGGUAGCAAACUUUGUCUUCCAAGCCGACGACCAACUAGCCGAUGUGAUUGAACAUUUACCAGUUCAUCUGCAGCACUGCGACGACACAUCCAUCAGCAACCAGCAAGAGCUUCAAAAUCGAUUCCCUUGGAUUGCUACACAGAGAACAAGCCUCGUUAUAGUGCUGCUAUACUUCCGGUUGGCAAUUAACCGCGUCCUGCAGGUCUAUUGGCUAGAGGGUUCGACAAACUUCGCCCGCGCCCGUGCGAUCUGCCUCUCUUCCGCAGUCGGCGUGAUUCGUUGCGCAACGACAGGCCAGGAACAUUUCAGUCGCCUACGUUCAUGGGACUUUGCAAUGCUCAUCUUUUCGGCCACUGUCACUCUUGCCUUGGAAGUUCGCCGGGUCGAUGAUGCCGAUCCACAAUUGAUCGAAGCAAUAGCUGAUAGUGUGCAGACACUAGAGCGCGUGGAAUCACAAAAUAACUUGGCGAAAGAAGCACGUCGAAUUUUGGACGAAAUGAGACUAGUCUAG